AUGUCGUUGGCAAUACCCGACAAUGGCCUUCUCCUUGAAGGUCCGACCGAAGCAGCAGCUCGGCGAUCGACGCACGCAUUUGCGGUGCCCUUGUCCGCUAAACUCGUUGCGCAGAUGAUUGAGAGCGCACAGAAUGGGGGCAAGCUUCAGUUGUCACUGAGUGACGAUCCGGCAAUCCUCAUUGAAGAUCAGGAAGUACCUCUCCAGCCCGAGCUUUUAACAGAACCAGUGGACUACGAGUUGUUCUACACCAACCCAAACAAGCCAACUAGAGGUCAACGAGUCUUGGGACCAGUCAUGUCAAUCUUUGACUACUACAAAAGGGCCAAGGCUCGCAAGGCGACUCAAACCACCAAACCUUCCAACGGUAUCGAAGGGGCAGUCGAAAACCUAAAGAAUUCCUUCGCCAAGGUUGAGGCAGAUAAGCGAGAGAACUCCGCUUUGAUCGUCGAGGGACUGCCUUCCAAAAAGGGUGCCAAAAUCAACCCCGGCAAGGCAAGACUCCUGGGGUCACAGACCAAUGGCUCGUCUCGGUCGAUUUCUGUCAGUCCUGCGUUGAGUGGGCUUGGUUCACCUUCCCUGGGUCCUACCAGUAACGGCCCUGGUGACCGAUUGAAGCAACAGAAAUUCCCCAUCAUCCACGAGCUUGCUGCCCAAAACCUAACAUUCGAGGAACUUCUUGAGAGAUACGACGGAGAUGAGCAAGAAUUCCACCCGAUUCUCAACAAGGUGGCUGACUUUGACUCGGAUGAGCAAAAAUGGGUUCUUAAGAAAAUGUAUUGGAAAGAGCUGGAUGUCUUUGAGUAUGCCUACGCCACGGACGAAGACCGCCAAAAAGCGAUCGACAACGCCAUCAAACAGUAUGAUCGCAUGCGGUUGGGUAUUUCGGAUCCGCUGUGGCAGAAGUUGCUUCCCAAGGGAGAACGCGGAAAGGGUAUUUGCCUGAGCAAGCUUCAUGCCACUAUCGCCAAGAACAGUCAAACCGUUCCGACCCCAAACCGAAUCACAGGAACUGCCAGCCCUAGCGGUGCAGAGACGGAGAAGGGAGAGCCGAUGUCGCGGUCCAACUCUCAGACAGGCGUGACCAAGAAGAAAGUGUCGGCUUCGGUUGCGCAGGCCAAGCGUCUUGCCACAGCAAUCGCAAAUGCCAAAAAGCCGGGCAGGCCGAGUGCUGCCAAGGCAACAGCUUCAAAGGUGGCAUCGCCUAGGAUGGCCUCACCGAAGGUGGCUCCUACAAAGGUCACAGGGUCAAAGGGUCCUGCCGCUAAGGGGGGGCGCAUUCUUUCCAAGGAGAUCAUCACGGAUUCCGAUUCAGACGAAGACGAAGUGCCUCUUUCGAAGAGCUUAGGAAGGACUCAAGGAGUUGCUGCGCCUGCACCUGGUACUAAGAAGUCUGGUCCUCCCGUGGAGAAAUACAAGACAGCAGCAAAAUCAAUUGAGGCCCCAAGCCCAAAGACUAAACAGAAGCCAAAGGCCGCUCCGAUCAGAGCUGUUGGGAAGAAGAAGGUGGAGGAGACCAGAGAUACAAUUCGGGCUCAACCCAUUCCCAAAACCACCAAGCCGAUGGUGUCGAAACGCCCGCGGGAUCCAGAGGACGACGAAAGUUCCAGCUCCGGAACUCCGCUUAGCCAGCGUGUCAAGCCAGUGCCAAAGCCCAAAGCAAGACCUGACGCUACGACUAAAUCUGGCAGCACAUUUGCAAAGGGCAAGUUUGCCAGUCCCCAGAAAUCUUCGCCAUUGGCCUCAUCUCCGCUUACCAACGCGUCGGAUAACGAGGAAGAUCGCCGGGCCAUCGUAUCGAGGCCUCAGAAACGGGAGCGCGAGCGCGAGCGUGACCGUGAGGUUAUCGUUAGUAGCGCAAGCAGCAAUGCCGGCAGUGUCAAUGGAGACGUUGGAUCUAGAAGCAAGAAACGUCCUGCGCCGUCCGAUUAUGCAUCCGGCAAUAUCGGCUCCAAGCGCCCACGCCUCGACCCAGAUCUCCUCAGCAGGGCCGAAAAGUUCAAACGCGCAUAUACCCGGUACGAGGCAUUGCACCGUGAGGUCAGUAGUGCGGAAGACCCUUCAUCAGAGAAGGUGGAGAGUCUUAUGCGAAUGCACGCUCGACUUCAGAUUGAGAAGAAGGAAAUCUACAGCGCUGUCACGUUGGAGAAUGACUAGGAGCCCCAUGGAAAACACGACAGAAAGAGGCGAGGAA